AUGGCGAUGGAGCAAGAGCAAGACGAUCAGGGGCCCCAGCGGGACUACAAGCACUAUUGCCGGAUCUGCAAGAAGGGGUUCGUCUGCGGUCGCUCCCUCGGCGGUCACAUGCGCGCCCAUGGCCUCAUGGACGGUGCAGCCGGAUUCUCCGCCGUGGAGACCUCCGGCGAAGGCGAAUGGGACUAUGAGAAGGCCAAUGGUGGUGCUGGUGCCAAGCGCAUGUACGCGCUCCGCUCCAAGCCCAACCGGCUCAAGAGCUGCCGGGUCUGCGAGAACUGCGGAAUGGAGUUUGUCUCCUGGAAGUCUUUUCUCGAGCACGGCAAGUGCGUUUCCGGUGAUGAUGGCGAAGCCAUCGGUUACGACGAGCACGAGCGUGAGUCUUCACUCUCCGGUGAUGAUGAGCUCGUCGGUUGGUCCAAGGGAAAACGCUCUCGACGAACCAAGGUGGCGAUGAGCGAGGAGGAGGACCUCGCCAAUUGCUUGGUCCUGCUCUCCUCCUCCCGCGUCGACACCGUCUCCGGCCUAAUCGAGAGCGAGGAGUCCUGCGACUCCGCCAUCAAGGAGGAUCGCCAGAGGAAGGACACGAUUAAUGCCACUGCAACAGGGGCGGUCGAGGCGGCGGCGGCCGCGCCGAAGGCGCUUCUUCCUGCAUUCACUCUUCAGACUCCUCCGGCGGUGCCCAGAGGACUCUUCGAGUGCAAGGCGUGCAAGAAGGUGUUCGCCUCGCACCAGGCGUUGGGCGGCCACCGGGCCAGCCACAAGAAGGUCAAGGGCUGCUUCGCCUCUAAGCUAAAUGCCCUCGACGAGACGCCGCCGCCGCCGCUGCCUGUGCCUGCCGACGAGGAUCCCGUCAUUGCUACUCACAAUAGGUACAACGCCGGCAGCAGCGAUCAAAUGACGCUGAUGUCGAUGAAGAAACCGAAGGUGCACGAGUGCUCCAUCUGCCACCGCGUGUUCACGUCAGGGCAGGCGUUGGGCGGCCACAAGCGGUGCCACUGGAUCACCUCCAGUUCCCCACCGAACCCGACCCUGAAGCUACAACCACUCUCGGACCGCCCCGGCCUUCACCAACCGCUCACGCUCCGACCAACGCUCGUCUCCAAUUCGAACUCCGACAACUUCGAUCUCAACAUGCUGCCGAACAACGGCGGGGCUAGGAGCCACAUCGGCAGCUCAUUGCGACUCGACACUCCUGCCGCCAUCUACCUUCGCUCCUGGACCAACGAUCAUGAGCAUGCGAGCAAAAACAGAGCCGGCGCCACAACCAGCAGCGACAUGAACAACGACGACGACGACGAUCAGAAGCACACCAUCACCGACCUCCUCAAAGCUACCAUGGGGGAGGACGAGGUGGACAGUAAGGUCAAACUAGCAAAGUUGAGUGAGCUCAAGGACAUAAACAUGGGGGAGGAGGAGAGCUCGGAGUGGCUCCAGGUUGGGAUCGGCUCUUCUGCCAAAGAGGGCACUUCAAAGUUGGCACCUGUAGGCUAUACUGAUUUUGAUUUUCAAGCUGAUAGAGACUCUUGUAAAUCUACAUCAGGAUCUGCGUUUAUAUUGGGUGGUGGUGCUAUUGUUUGGAGGAGUAUCAAGCAAUCUUGCAUUGUUGAUUCCAUAAUGGAAGCGGAGUAUAUGACAGCUUGUGAAGCAGCGAAAGAAGCUGUUUGA